GAUCACAACUGCAAGCGCCAUUUUCUCUCUUUCUCUUUGAUCUGUCAGUCUGAGCAGUCAGCCAAAAACCAAAAGAGCUCAGUCACAGUUGGCCAGUGUCUCCAUUCUCUCUGGACCUCUGACUCGUUCUCCGGCGAGAGCUAAACGACGCAGUUGCGGGCGCGGAUUCCGAGGCCGGUGGUUAAGAAGCGCUGGCGGUUUUUGUCGGUAAAUAAAAAAUAAAGAACAAGAAAUUCCUUGCUUUGCUUAUAAUUUACGUUUUGCUUCGACGAGGUACAGUGCCACCAAAUCACCACGCUUGGAUUGUUACGUUUCGGAUCUAUUAGAGAGAAUGCGAUACCUCCAUUGUUGAUAGAGAGCUCUCUCUCGGUUCCAGAAGCUUCGAGAAUUUGAGGUUGUUGUAAGAGUGCGAAUCGAUAGAAUGGAUUGUGAUUGUGGGAUGACUUUUUGUGGAACUAGGUACAAUGCAAGCUGAUGUGUGUCGACGAGCUCACUUUGUAGAACCUGCUGAGGAUAUGGGGUAUGGUUUGGAGCAUAAGAAUAGCUCAAGACAGCAGAACAAGUUUACGGCAGAGGGCAGUGUUCUGCACGCCCAAGGGCAUCGGAGGACAAAGCACUCGGAAAAGGUCAGAGUCAGAGCUGGUGUUGGUUCUGCAGGAAAUGAUCCUCAACUUAAAGCAAGGCAAGAAGGUGGUUGUAAUGCCGUGGGUGAAGAAAAAUCUUUGGGAAACAUGAAUAGGCAGAGUAGGAAGGAGAAAGGUGCCAAAGUGGAUGAGCUUGUAAAGCACAUGUCGAACUUGCCUGGUUAUCUUCAGCAUCCUGAGAGAGGAGAAAAAAUCCAAGAAAAGGUUUUGAAUUUUGGAGUUCUAGAUUGGUCACGGCUUGAAAAAUGGAAGCAGAAGCAUUCCCCGAGCAAAGUUAGCCAUAAUACACCUUUGGAAAAUAUUGCUGCAGCAUCUACAUCGUCUGGUCUAGUUCGAUGUCCUGACCAACAGUCCUCGCGUUGUUCUAGUCUCAAGUCUUCUAAAAAAAAUGUCCAUUCUCAGGGUGCCAAACCUUCUGCUCCGAGUGUUGUCCGCUUCCAAGACUGUGAGACCCCUUCGAAGAAUGGUGUUUAUGGGCAGAAGAAGAUACCCUUCCCCUACAGGCCUUUUGGUAGAAACCACUCGGAUAGAAUGGUUGAUAAGGGAAAAGGAAAAUGUUCAGCUCAGAGGAUCAGUUCAGAAAGGGUAUCUGCACCAGUUUUGAAAAGUUAUGGAGUCUCAUCCACUCAAAAGGAAAAUGUAAGCAGUUGCGACAGCCAGGUCAAGAAGGCAAAGGAGUUUCAAGAGUCGGAUAUCAAGAGAGAGAAUAUUGAUGAAAUGAUCAUUUCAGAAAAGGGAUCUCAUUCUUCAAAAUCUCAAAGUUCAGAUGUCUUACUCAGUUCUAAGGGAAAGGUGAUCGUUUGCAAGGACAAAACUGAGAAAAGUGUGGAGGAGUUGCCAAAGUUAGAUACAAAUCUAGCUGAUCAACCUAAUCCAGUUGAAGAGAAUAACACGGUUCCCCUUCCACAGAAGGCAUUGCCCCAAAGUGGCUCGCAAAAAGUAUGCCAGUUUUCAAAACCAAGAGCACCCUGUGAUGUGCAUCUGGCAGAAGCCAAUAAGAUUAGAUUCUCAGGUGACUUAUUUAGCAGCGAGAUGAACUUUGAAGAACAGUAUUAUGAAGUUCCACAUUCAUGCCCACUCCCUUCUGCACCGAAAAGGCCUACCAGUUCAAGUUUUGAUUUUUCGAAAAUAUUGGAUCAAGACGUUGAACUGUCAACUAGAAGGAGCAGAAAUUCUUCACCCAAUCACCGAUUUAGCUUCAGCUUGGGGAGGCUUGGUAGAAGUUUCAGUUUCAAAGAAAAUGCAGCUGUACCACAGUCAGGUUCCACAUAUAUGACUGUCAAAUCAGGACCUUUGAGAUCCGAAACUUCUGAUUGGUCAGAUAAUCCAAAGGGAGAAAAAUAUAGUCAUAAUAGAGGUAGGUCUAGUCCAUUGAGAAGGUUGCUGGAUCCAAUAAUGAAGCACAAGGAGGCAAAACCAGUCCAUUCUGCUGAAGCUAUUAAGCCUAUGAAAGCAAGUCUGAAUGCCUAUGUCUCUAGGCCACUUAGUGUUGGUGAGUCGUUACAAAAAGAGAAGGGUGAGGCAUCAUCUGUCCAGGCAUUGCUGCAGUUAACAAUGAAGAAUGGAGUCCCGUUGUAUAAGUUUUUGGUUGACAGGAACAGCCACUGUUUUGUGGCAACCAUGAAAAAUCCAUCUGAGAAGGAUGAUUUUGGCCAGAACUUUACAUUUUACUGUGUGAAUGAAAUCAAGAAAAAAGGUGGUGGCUGGAUGAAUCAAGGAAGUAAAGGCAAAAGUUGUGGCUAUGCAUACAAUGUUGUUGGUCAAAUGAAGGUUACGACCUCUUAUUUGUCUGAUGUUAAUGGACAGAACUUCAAGCAUAUGAUAAGAGAGUCUGUUCUGUUUAGUGUUGAGCUAAGACAGCAGGCAAAUGAAGAAGCACCAAAAUUUAUGCUAAAUAGGGAGCUUGCUGCCGCUGUUGUCAAGAUACCUAGAAAAGAUCUGAGCCAUGUUGGACAGGAGAGCAAUGAGGACGCUAUGGAGGACUGCACCAAAUGUGCACCAGAGGACAGAUUGUCUUACAAUUAUGAAGACAGUAGUAUAGUCAUACUUCCAGGUGGUGUCCAUAGCUCACCAAACAAAGGAGGCCCUUCACCACUAAUUGCCCGUUGGAAAUCUGGUGGAUCUUGUGAUUGUGGGGGUUGGGAUGUUGGUUGUAAAUUGCGUGUUCUCUCCAACAAGAACAGGUGCUGUCAGAUUUCCGAGACAUUCACAACUUCUCCUAGUUCAGAUCAUUUUGAACUUUUCGCUGAGGGGGAAGCUCAGGAAAACAGGGCAGUCUUCAGAUUGGUGCCAGGGAAGGAUGGAACAUACUCGAUUGAGUUCAAUACUUCAAUUUCUUUGUUACAAGCAUUCUUCAUCUGUGUUGUCGUAGUUAACAGCCAGAAGCGAGAUAUGUCCGAAGCAAAAAUUUAUGAGGAACCAACUUUGAAUGGAAUUACUGCUCUAUGCAGAUGACAGGGCCAUCAAAGUAUGCACCAAAUCCACCUCACUCCCCUGUUGGUAGAGUCUAGUUUUGUGCAAGUGAAGCCGUUUUGUUUUCAAGUCUAAACAUCGAUGGGCUGUAGAACUCCUAGUUCUCAUAGUGAACACAAGUUAUUGUGAAUCGACUGAACUUUAGUAGGGAAACUUUAACCAGAGUACCUGUUGUUGCAGAAAUGAAGUAUGGCCACCACUGUAAUUCUGUUCUGGUUGUACUAUACUGUACCGACAUUACCACUUGUAAAGGAAAAUUUGCCAUUUAAUAGAAAACUUGGACACUAAGCUUCAGCAUUUCGCUCCUUAUAGCAUAA